AUGAACCAUUUCGCCUUACUACUAUCGCUUGUCUCUGCAGUUUUGUUGCAGCAACAAGUGUUGGCACAACUACCUGGCCAACCUGGAGGUCCGGGCGGACCUGGUGGACCCGGUGGACCCGGUGGACCCGGUGGACCCGGUGGACCCGGUGGACCUGGCGGACCUGGUGGACCUGGAGGUCCAGGUGGGCCCACAGUAAAUCCGUUGAGCAGUACUGCAGCAGUAACUUCGUCGACUAGUUCAAGCAAUCCACAAGGAAAUUCGCCUACCACACCACCACCACCAGGAGCGGGUGACUUGCCACGCCAAAAUGUCAAGCUUACAAGUUUUCGACCACGGGCCCAAGACUUUAUCACCAAUUUAGAUGGAAUACCAACGGCGGCGAAUUCAGUGCGUCGUACUGAACCGCAGAUUUGUGAACGACUCAGAACUUACCUCAAUUACAAGCUCAAGCUUUUCCAUGAGCGACUAUUGUUGGAAAUUAAAAAAUUCGCUGCCACAUUUCUAGCGAGUCGAUCAGACAGAAUGACGGAAGUAAUUACCGAAGUACAAGGCAAUAUCACACAGGCGAUCGACGCUUUUGCCGCCAAAGCACAAGAGUUUGCCAUUAAAAUCGAUGAAAAUUGUAAUAAACUUAACUCAACGGAAACAUUGAGAAACAUUAUUGACCUAGUUGAAAAUUUGCGAGCCCAACAAUUGGACAUAGCCAGAAAUUUAACAGUCCUCCCUAUAGGGUAUGAAGAGAAAAUGCAAUCAUUGUACAAACCCGUGGAAAAUAUCAUCGGCAGCACUUAA